AUGAAACAAAUUCUAAGUUUAGGGAUUGGAAAAUCUAAAGGAAUAGAUGGAGCUAAAAAACUAGGAUAAGAUAUUUUAAGAAAUACUAAAAUUGAAGAUCUAUAGUUAGAAAUAAGCGAAGGUAAUUUUGUGGGAAUGUAGGGAAUCAAAGAAAUAGGAAAGUCUCUUUUGCAAUGUAAAGAGAUCAAAAAAUAUUCACUUGAAAUUUAAGAUAAAAACUAACUUUAAAGUUAUUCUUCUCUAUGUAUCUUCUAUUUACUUUCAAGUAUUCCUACUUUAGAUAAACUGUAAGAAAUCAAGAUUAUUGUACAAAGUAAAGAGUUGCAAUAAAAUGAAUUUUUGGAAGUAUCCCAAGCUCUAAAAAAAUGUGUGGUACUCAGGAGUUUAACUCUUAUUUUAGGAAAUUAAAUGCACAUUGAUGAUAAUCCACUUUAGUAAAUAAUUGAAACAGUAUCAUAGCUCAGCUUUUUAAAGGAAUUUACUAUAGAAAUAUUAAACGAUAACUAGUACUCUAAGAAAGUGUGCUAUUACUUAGAAAAUGCUUUGAAUAGCUGCUCAAAGAUAACUAAUUUAUCUAUUUCAUUUGGAAUAGGCAAUUAUAUUGAAAAUGAAGGACUUAAAUAAUUAUCUAGAGGAUUAGAAAAGUUGGGCAUACUAAAAAAAUUAUAUCUUAGGAUAGGACAAGAAAAUUAAAUAGAUCAUGUAGGCAUAAAAUUUUUUGCAGAAAGUCUCUCAAAAUGUUAUCAUUUAAUAUUACUCGACUUAACUAUAGUAAGAAAUGAAAUAGGAUCUGAGGGUGCUAAAUAUUUAGGUUAAGGUUUAAAAUUUUGUCGCCAUCUACAAAGACUAUAUCUUACAAUUGGAAAUGGAUGUAACAUAGGUGUAGAUGGUAUGGAAGGAAUAGGAAAUGGUUUGAAAAAUCUGAAACAUUUAAAUUUUUUAGAUUUAAUUAUAGGAAUUUAAAAUAAAGUAGAAAAGUUAGGAAUCAUAAAAUUAGCAAAAAGACUCAACAAAUGUUAAAAAUUAAUGAUAGUUUAUUUCUUAUUUAGAUUAAGCCCAGAUUCAUAAUUAUUUAUUGAUAUUAUGCACAAAUCUAAGAGACUUACAUACAUUAAAAACUAAAGCUGA